UGAUUUUCGAAAUUUGACAUGAUGUGGCUGUCACUAUUUUGUUGUUGAAUUCUCGUUCAACUUGUCUUCCAAAUAAAGCAAAAUAAUAAAAAUCUAGUUUUUAUACCUUCUCCGAGAAAAUAAUUCUACGCAGCAUAUAGUCGAUCUGUUAAAGUUGCUUCUUCAACCACAUAACCUUAAAAAUGUUUCGAAUACCGGUUAGAACUAAAACGAUCCACCAAAAGUUACGUAUGAAGUCCACUGAUUCCAACUUUAUUAGGAGUACUUUUGUGGACUAUUUCAUUAGCAAACAUGGUCAUAAAUAUGUGAAAUCCAGUCCUGUGGUGCCAUUAUGUGACCCAACAGUCCCGUUUGUAAAUGCAGGAAUGAAUCAAUUUAAAGGAGUAUUUUUGGGUAAAGUAGAUUCUCCAUAUGCAAGAGCUGUAAAUUCUCAAAAAUGUGUCAGAGUUGGUGGCAAGCAUAAUGAUUUGGAAUUGGUCGGCACUGAUGGUACACAUCAUACCUUCUUUGAAAUGCUAGGGAAUUGGUCAUUUGGUGAUUAUUAUAAAAAAGAAGCUUGUCAAAUGGCAUGGGAUCUUUUACUAGGCCCUUAUAGACUGAAGCCUGAGAACCUAGUGGUGACUUACUUUGCUGGUGAUGUUGUGCUGGGAUUGACGGAAGACAGGGAAACUAGAGACAUUUGGAAAUCAAUAGGGGUUCCAGCAAGUAGGCUCAAGGCUUUAGACUCAAAAGACAAUUUUUGGGAGAUGGGAGCCACUGGUCCAUGUGGGCCCUGCACCGAAAUACACUAUGUCAACCCAGAUGGCACUUUAACAGAGAUUUGGAAUAUUGUGUUUAUUCAAUGCAACAGGGAAGCCGACGGCAAAGUGUCAGGGCUGCGUCGACACCACGUGGACACUGGAAUGGGAUUGGAACGAAUGGCGGCGUUACUGCAAGGAGUGCGUUCUAACUACGACACAGAUCUGUUCCAGCCAAUCAUUCGGGCUAUUGAACAGAAUAUAUUUGUUGACGGAGGCGACUACGGCAGCGAUAAAGGGCGGGACAUCGCCUACCGCCGCCUCGCGGACCACGCGCGAAUGGUGGCCGUCUGUCUCGCCGAUGGAGUCUUCCCGGCUUCUAACCUGAAUUUGAAGCAGAUAAUGCGUAAAUGCUUCAGGAUAUCGUCAGAAGUUUUUCGAAACCCACAACUGCUAAGUUUACUGUACGAACCAGUAAGAGACACUUUGGGGUCUACUUACCCUGAGCUUGUGGGUAAAGAGAAGCAAGCCAAGCUCAUUAUAGAGCACGAAAUGCAAGCUUACGAGAAAAUGAGGGCUGGACUGGCGAAGAAAUGGAAAACACUCGCGAAAAUUUACCCUGAAGUUGAGGAGAUGACUGAUGUAGAUCUGGCGGGAUUCCCGUUGGGUUAUAAGGAGUUUAAGGAGACUAUGUCCAAAAUCAACUCUAACGUCAUACCGGGAGAGUUAGUUUUCAAAUUGUACGAUACGCACGGCUUCCAAGAGCAGAUUAUAGAGAGGGUUGCCCGAUUGAACAACUUGGAAAUCGACAAGAAAGGUUUCUGGAAACUUCUCUCCGAGCACAAAUCGAGGCACAAGACAGCUUUCAAGGAUCAAGCCUCCGAUCGGGCGCUUUUAUUUACCCAAGUUGUAGAGAAAAUAAUCAGCGGUGGCGUCAAAUCAACAAACGACCAACACAAAUACGAUUAUGCACCUAAAGGCGACGGAAUAGAGUUGAAACCGCUCAAAACUAAAUUAGUAGCUAUAUUAGACGACGAAUGCCAAUGGAUAGAUUUCUUGGAGGCAUGCGAGAAUAGAACUUAUUAUCUAGUCACGGAAGACACAAAUUUCUACUGCGAGAAAGGUGGUCAAAUUGCUGAUACCGGUGUAAUACGUGUUAGCGAUAAAGUGUCUUUUACAGUCAAUAGUGUGUUCAAAAUCCGGGAUUUUGUUUUUCAUAAAGGUAGUUUUAAUGUAGCCAAGGAUACUGAGAACAAUUAUCUGAAUUACCGUAGUGAUGUGACUUUAGAAAUUGACGCGGAUAGAAGACUCAAUGCAAUGAGGAAUCAUACUGCCGUACAUUUAUUGAAUGCGGCGAUUCGAAAAGUGUUGCCAAACAGUGUCGUGUGCCCCACCGGGUCUGGUGUUACUGAUAAUGGACUUUAUUUAAGUUUGUCGGUUUACGGUGAUAAACUUUCACCGGAGUUUGUUUUAGACGCACAAGAAAUUAUUAGGGAAUCGAUCAAAUGCAACGUGCCAGUAACUACGCGCGUGGUAGACGGACUUGAAGUUUCACGCGAACCGGAUGUGGUGACCGUGCCCGGGGAGACUUACCCGGAGACUGGCCUCAGGCUGGUCACUGCCACGUUGCUGCCCUCGCUGCUGUCCAAGGAACUAUGUUGCGGCACUCACGUGCCAUCUACUGGGCACAUUGGCCAGUUCUGCGUGACCUUGGUGAAAGGGGCCAGUUCACACUCGCCCACUGUACACGCCCUCACUGGCCCGAAGGCAGACCAGGCGCUCGAGUUAUUCUGCCGCGCCCAAAAACUCGAGCAAGUGAUAGACCUAGUUGACCCGGAGCGUCGCAAAGACGAGAUAUCCACCAUAAAGCAACAGUUGUUAGAACUGUGCGGCACUGGUGGCGCCCCCUACGGCGAGUAUGCGAAGUGUCUGGCGCUUUUGGACAGUUUGAGAACAAAGCCGCCUAGCAAGGAAGAGAUGGCGUUGCAGGACAUAGCAUCCGCGGAGAUCCGCUCUGCGUUCGACUUGGCUCGCGCCGAGGGUCGCAGGUUCGUGGUCCAGUUCGUACGAUGCUCCUACCUCAUGCAAGGGAGCGGUUUAAGAGCUGCCCUUACUGCUACCAUACCAAUCGACCACCCUUUGCCUUCGUUACUGCUGGGAUGUGCGGGUGGGAACAUAGUCGCCGUAUGCAACGUGCCACAGGACAUGGUGACGGAUCAGUUCAGCGCUGAACGUUGGUUGCGCUGCGUAGUGCCAGUGUUUCAGGCGACAGUGCUGCCCUCUGCUAACAAUACACAGGCGCAGAUGUCAGACACCAAGGUGAGCUUGAUAAACUGCGAGCAGUUGGUACAAGACGCUAUGCGCGUUGCUAUAAAGUAUGCGCAGGCGCAUACGAAAGACCAACCCACGCAAAACCCGCAUCCAGACACUAGCGCCACUAAAAACAGGCAGCAAAACUGACAUCGAAACUUUCACAAUAUGAUUGAUAAAAUCAUUUUUCAGUUUUCAAACUCUUGUUACAAGAAUGAGUGAAAGAGAUGAAUGAUUGAAAAACAUUUUUGAAGCUUUUAUAAGAAUGAACGAAUGGAAGAGCUUGAUGAAAGUAUUGCCAUUUUGAGAUUCUAAAUAUAUUUUUUGCUAAGAAUAUGCAUGAACUUAUUUAUAGUAAUUUGAUUUUAACGAUUCUUAGUUUAUAUUGCACAAAGAAAACGAGGGACAAAGUUGUCUUUUCUGUGUUGCCAUUUUGUGAAGAAUGUUGUCAGGGACAUUUUUUGAAUUUGUUUGUGCAGUCUUUCAAUACGAUCGUAAUUUUUUUAUAAUAAACAUAGGAGAUAUAAUUGAAAGUCAAAAAACUUUUUUUCAAUAUUGGCUUUAAAAUUCUUUAGAGCAAGAACUGAAUAAAUUUAAGUUAUUUUCACACACAGCCAGUUCAUAGGCGGCCGAAGGUUCAUUGUUCAUAAUUUUGAUAAUAUUAAAAUAAAACAAAGUUGUUAUCAGUUCAUAGAUGCAAAUUUUCACUUUUAAAUAAGCCACAUUGAGAUAAUCCUCUUUAAUAAUCGUCUUCCAACGAACGGCUGAACUCAGACACGUUAAAUAACUUAAACCCUAAGUCACAUGUUGUUUUACUAUACCGUUAUAGCGAAGAGAGUGAUAGCAAUAACUUUAAUCAAACUUCAAAGUUAAUUGACAUCUCUGAGUAUAGCUUUAUGGUCUAUUCAUAAUACCUUUGGUACUUGAAGUGAAGUCAAGUAUAUUUGAAAAUAUAAUACUAAAUAUUCAAAAUCAUUGGUAGCAUCAUACACCUGAAUAUUAUGUAUGUAAUUCGAAAUAAAAUUAUUCUAGUCAGUACAUACGUUGUGGGCAUAAACGCAGGCACGCAUAUUUAAAAGGCGCACGAUAUGUCAAAAGACUAUUGGUAUUUUUACAUUUACAAAUUAUUCAAAGAUUACUUUUAAUUAAAGUCAUAGAUAGAAUGAUGGUUACCACACUGUUUAAAGUUGGUCUGAUUUUAUUCUGGAGAUUAUCCGUCGUAUUUGUUAAUAAACAACAUCUUCACUCUUAAAGGAUCCAUCUGUAUAUAUACAUAUAUAUGUAUGUGUACAAUAUAUACACGUAUGUACAUAUACAUAUUUCAUUUACUAGCUAUAAGAGAAAGAAAAAGAAAAUGUGCACGCGCACUGCUUUCGCUUGCUUAUGUUCCCCACUCAACUCCUGUUCGCCUCGCCCUGAACACACUUUUCGUAACGCGUAACGCAUUCGCCAGCUCACCCCCCAAGUCAAGCGUGCGUAAAGAGGUUUUACUUCAAAAGGAAUCAGUUUAACUUUUGUACAAACACAACUUGAUUAUACUUUGUUUUCAAAGAGCAACACGGUCGACGCGACCAGGAGGGGAGUAGGCAUACACGGCUUGCCCCUCUGCCGGGUUGGGCAUACAAACACGCACGUAGUGUGCAGGAAUUGAAGACAUAUUGUGUCAUUGUUUAUGUGCGAGUUACAGUUUUGUUUUAUAUUUUGACGACCUCCGUGGUCGAGUGGUUUGUACGCCGGGUUUCAUGGUGUAGCCGACUCGAGAGGUCCCUCAUUCGAAUCCCGGUAGGGGCAGAUGUUUGUGUGAUGAAUACGAGCAUUUGUACUCUAGUCUAAGAUGUUAAAUAUGUAUUUCUAUAUAAAUAUUCUUAUAUACGUACAGUAUAUGUAUUCUAUCCGUUACCCCCAGCAUCCCAUAACACAAGCCUUACAGUGCUUACUUUGAGGCUAGGCUAAUUGGUGUGAGUGUUGGAAAUAUUUAUUUAUUAUUUAUAUGCGUGUACAUUAAACUGCGUUUGUGUGCACAUUCCCCCCCGAUUUAAUGGCAGAGUGAUUUGAAUAGUAUUAUUUGUUCUGUUUGUUUUGUAUGAAUUCAUAAAAAAUGGUCUUUCAAGUUUAAGGCUUAUGUACUUACCUAUAUUGGCAUUUUAUAUGAUACUGCCUGAAUUCAAUAAUGGUAGGUAAUAUUUAUACUGUAUGGUAUGGGAGGAAGAAAUACAUGUAGAUGUAUAUUUUCGUAUGAUUUAUUGGAAAUAAGAGAUUUUCAUUAUUUAAUUGGUGAAAUAAAAAUUGUAAAAUAUUGUAUUAACUGACUUUUAGAUAAAAAAAUUGUAUUACAUUUUGAUGAUCAAUAAAUGCCGAUUCGAAUGAUUGUUGCGAGAAUAUUUAUAUUAGUUGAAUAAUUAAAUAAAAACAAUGAAUGUAAUAUGUUCGUUACUAUUAAUAAUUGGAUAUUUUUCGAGUCUCCUGUAAAUAUUGUUAACUACCUCUUUAGUAAUUCUAUCAUAUAAUAAAUUAUUUGUCCAAGUU